AUGGAUGACAUCAAGUCUAUAGGGGGCGCCAUCUGGACCAGGAAAGCCAAGGAUAGAAACGAAUGGAAACAGCUGGGAGAGGCCUAUGUGUCAGAAGACACGCUGAACACUAAUCCGGACAAUACGAUGUGUAAAUAUUUAGUGUGGAGAGGGGAGGCAGUGAGACUGGACACGGUGAAGUGCGGCGUGGACAUUGAAGAUACGGUAGAAGGCGCGGUGCCAAACCAUCAGUACCCCUGGCUAGGCGUGUUAUUCUACAUGCUGCACGGCGAGCAAGGAGAUACGCGCUCGGUGACGACGGUGGUGCUCGUACACACGGAAUUCGUUAUCGGUAACUCAGCCGACAUCGGCCCCAUGCCCAAGCGAUCCUUCCGAAACCAGGCGCGCGUGCUGCUGGGCGAGGGUUGGGAGCGCGAGGGGCGGCGCGUGCGCAAUUACGUCGUGCACCCCGAGUACGGCGAGACCAUCAACAGUAUCGCUAUAGUGCAUCUACGACAACCCGUGCGGAACCUUAAAAUAUUUAAACCGGUAUGCCCGCCUCCCUAUCACAUUCGUCACCCGACAUUUUGGGUAGUUAAGUUCGAUGACAAUGUAGAAUCAACACUGCAAAAGCGUGUGUUACCGGUUACUGAAGUAUCCGCUGCUGAGUGCCGUGAGUUCUACAUCGAAAAAAGCCUGUACGAGGUGAAUAGACGGCCAUCUUUCGUGAAAUGUACGGUGUCACUGGCGGAGCGUGCGCCCUGCGUGUGGGGUGCGGGUGCGGCGUUAGUCACGCGCGACGUGUGGGGCCGCUGGCAAUUGCUAGGGCUAAGCGUAUAUGGACCAGGCUGUGGCGCGCCGGCGCGCUUCCUCGACAUGCUGCGCUACUACCCCUGGAUCGAGGACUCCUUGAACAAGUUCCAGCGUAUCACCAUUUCGGAGAUCAACCAGCACAAAUACGUAUUGCGCAGUGGCGUUGCAUACGGAACGCUGAUGCGUUUUGGAGAUUGUGAUAAUUACGAGAUGCAGAACCUUAUCUAUUAUGACUACGUGAGGAUGAGCACAGACAACAUAAAUGUUAAAAGUGCAACAUACAACCAACAGAUGACUGUAUUUGAGACGGUACAAUACACAUGCGUGGUGUUCGAGCUGAAACAGGCGUCGGCGUCCGCGUUUUUGAACGUGCGCCAUUUUUGUCCGCACCGGCGCGGCGGGCCCGCCUGCUACGCUUACAAGGGUACCCGGUUCGACAUAACGGUGGACGUGAUCUUUGUGGAGGCGUGUGCUCUGGAAUUGCGCGCGUAUGGCCUCCGCAUCAACAUAUCGUUAGUCGACAUCGAGCAGUGGAAAAUUGAGGAGGGCACAUAUUACGAGGAUUUGAGACUGACUCCGGUGGAGUACAGCGGGUAUUCGUACAUGACGCAGUACGGCUUCGAGCCGUUAGACGAGAGGAUGUGGGUUCCAGACUACAACAGAUGGUCUACUACGGGAAUACCUAUAGAUUUAUCUACGGCCAACAUCACAAAUGGUAAGCGUUAG